GGAUUCAGGUCGAUCAGAACACCCAGCAAUACAACAUGUCUUUCCGGGGCCGUGGUACGGGCGCUAAUCGUGGCGGUAGCUUUGGUGGUCGUGGUGGUGAGUCGCGGAGGCUUUCAGCAGCCUGUCGGACCCCCGGCGCAGGUUUUGGAGAUGGGAACUGUCAUGCAUGCUUGCGAAGGCGAGAUGGUUUGCGAAUCGAUCAACCCCAAGGUUCCCUACUUCAACGCCCCCAUUUACCUCGAGAACAAAACCCCUAUCGGUAAGGUCGAUGAGGUUCUUGGCCCCAUCAACCAGGUCUACUUCACCGUGAAGCCUCAGGAAGGCAUUGUCGCGACUUCGUUCAAGGCUGGUGACAAGGUCUACAUCGGCGGCGACAAGCUUCUUCCCUUGGAGAAAUCAUUGAUACUAAUAACAUUCGUAGGAGCUGCCAAGCCCAAGAGAGCCGGCGGUGCUGGUCGUGGUCGUGGUGGUCCUCGCGGUGGUGGUUUCGGUGGUGGUCGCGGCGGUGGCUUCUCCAGAGGUGGUGGUGGUGGUUUUGGUGGUGGUCGCGGUGGUGGCCGUGGGGGUUUCUCCAGAGGUGGCGGUGGCGGUGGUUUCGGCGGUGGUCGUGGUGGUGGUGGUGGUUUCUCUCGGGGAGGUGGCAGCGCGCUCGCUUUGCAUGCGAGAGGUCUGGGGUUCGAUCCCCCAUGA